AUGCCAGGUGUUCCAUAUAGUAAAGCUUGCGACGCUUGCCGAAAAGUAAAAAAAAAGUGUGACGAAUUACAGCCCUGCUCGCGAUGCACACGGCUCCAGUUACCUUGCGCUGGGAGCGGCCAGCGCCGUUUUAAAUUCAAAAAUACUGAGUGGAGGCAGACCAAGUCUAGCAGCACCCGGGCAGAUGGAUCAAAGCAAGUCGUAAAUCUACCUAUGUCGCAGAAUCCAACCAAUCCGCUUCUAGCUCGUUUCAUCAACAUUUCCGGAGUAAGCGAUAUCCGCUUUGAUAUCUCCUACUAUGGGGAAUUUCUCAAGGAUCUUCCCAGGAGAUUUGGACAUAGCGCUGUGCUGGAUGCUGCUGCGAAGGCUUUAGUCUCUUCCUAUCCAUACUUCUGCGGAAGAGAGGUACCGCGUGAUGUGUUAGUAUUGCAUGGAAAGUCCUUGAGGGUGCUGCGAGAAAGCUUGGACGAUCCAGUUCAGGCUCGAUCUCCCAACACACUUUGUGCAGUUUAUCUCAUCUCAAUUUGUCAGGACUGGAUUUCCAAGUCUGAAAAGCAAUAUUCAUGCCAUGGUGAAGCCAUUGCGCAUCUCCUCCGCAUUGUAGACUUGAAAAAAUGCACUGGUGAAUUUGAAAAACGUUUGAUCAUCACCGCGAGCGUGCUUGUGGUUCUGGAAAGAUGGCCUAAACCUCGACUGCAAAUGACCCCCAAAUUCUGGGGUGACGUGUCGGCUCUCAUUAAACAAAGCUUUCCUAUUCGACAGAGCGACAACAUACCACGACCUACAAUAAGCAUAAUGUCGAUUCUAAAAUUCGAAGAGUACCUACGCAACCCAUAUCCUCAUAUUGCUGAUAUCACAUCCGCCUAUGAAAAACUUCGGGACGAUGAAUACAGGAUCAGUAAGUAUUUAGAUCAGUGUGGCCCCAUCGACAAAGCCGGGUUUUCGUCGUUUGAAGUUGUUCAACUAUCCGGCUAUCGAGCUGCCUAUGAUGUGGUCAUUGCUCUGGCAGUCGUUCUCAAUAAUAUUCUCCGCGCAUUUGAUCCUACCAACGCCACCCUUGCCGGAGAUUCAGCUUUCUUAUGCGAGAAAACCCUUGCUGAGGCGGAACUGGCAUUCCACUAUCGCCCCCUCGGUGCAGCGCAUGUAAUACCAUGUCUUGCGAUUGCUUUGGCUUUUGCAGAAGACCCACACCAGAUGAGCCGUAUUGAAUGCGUUUUAUCUGAAUAUCAGACUUACUAUGGAGAAGGUCAAUGGAAAAAGCUUGCCAUUUGGUUAAGAGCAGUACUUCAGUGUCAUCGCGGGCAAGGAGGAUCCCUGGCUUCUACCAAUGUCGACCCCUCAGUCUUUGUAGUACCUGGAGCUUUCUGUAUGAUGCUAUUGAAGGCUUUUGGAAACAUGGUUGGUGCAUCAGUCCACCUGGAUUCGAGGCUGUUAGCUCCAAGGUAA